CAUGAAAGUUCUGGAGAGUGGAAAACGUGCAGGUAGGAGUCUUUAAGGGCCUGUGGUGGACCAGAAGAGGAUCAGAUUAACAAGAGUGACUCCUCAGUUAAUUAACAGAUCUAAACAGUAACUAUAGUAAUUAAGGGCAGGUUAUAUCAGUAUGGCUUUACUGUGUUAUAACAGAGGUUGUGGAGAAAGAUAUGAUGAGGAUAAGAACUCAGAUGAUGCAUGCCAUUAUCACCCUGGAGUGCCUAUUUUCCAUGAUGCCCUGAAGGGCUGGUCCUGCUGCAAGAAGAGAACUACAGACUUCUCUGAGUUUCUCUCAAUCAAGGGCUGUGUUCGCGGGCGACACAGUAACGUAAAACCAGAGGAACCACUGAAGCCAGAGGUGAAGUCUGAUAAAGGAGAACAGAAGAUCCACAACAGUGAGGAGAUCAUCUACCAGGGUCCCAAAUCUGCUGAGGCUCUGGAAAAAGAGAGGCCCAGCUCAGACGAGCCCAAAUCCAAGCUGAAGGUGAAGGUUUCACCCUCUUUGACUCAGAUCCUGGAGAAAAUGGAAAUCAGUGAGAAAAAGAAGCAAGAAAUCAUUGAGAGCCAGAGUGUCAUAGUUGGGACUAAGUGCAAGAACAAAGGAUGCAAAUCAAUGUACCAGUGUCCAGAAACAGAUGCUGAGAUUUGCACAUAUCACCCAGGAGCACCAGUCUUUCAUGAAGGAUACAAAUACUGGAGCUGCUGCUGUAUAAAGACCACUGACUUUAAUGCUUUUCUGGAUCAAAAGGGCUGUACUACAGGCAAACACUGCUGGUUCCAAAAACAGGAUAAGAAAAAGGUGGCAUGUCGGUUUGACUGGCACCAGACGGGAAACCAGGUAGUGAUCACCAUAUAUGCCAAGAACGCCAGCCCUGAUCAUUCCUAUGUUGAGGCUAACCAGACAUCGCUGACGUGUCAUAUUCAGUUUGAGAAUGAUAAGGCGUUUCACAAAGAAAUUCAUCUGUGGGGGGUUGUUGAUGUUAAAAACAGCAUCGUGAACAUGGUGCCCUCUAAAGUGGAAGUGACCUUAAAGAAGGCUGACCCUGUGUCAUGGGGUAAACUGGAAGAUCCCAAACACAAACCUGAACCAGAGGUGACGGACGACGUCACCACAGAACAAGCAGAUGAGAAACCAGAAUGGUACAUUUCUGAUGAUGACAUCAGCGACUCAGAUUGGGAGGACGACGAGGACAAGGGACAGAAAAAGGGCGAGAAAAUAAACGAGCAGGAUAUGGAUGGCCCUCCGAUGCUGGAGGAGCCCCAGCUUGUGCCACCAGAAAAAUAAAGACCAUCUAUUGCCAUACAGGAACAAUGUCAGUGAUGUUUUUUCAUAACAAGAUGAUUUUAAUAUUGGGAUGGAAUGUGUAUGAUGGUAAACUUUUAUAUAAUUUCUGGAAAUAUGCUACAAGGUUUUCAAAUCUGAUAUGCCAAUAAAGGUUACAUAACCAGUA